AUGGAGCUCAGUUGCUUGAACACAACUUGUUUUUUUACCCUAAUGGAUUAAUAUUCGAUUUUAACCAGCACACUCCGCAGUACUUGCGUCCGCCUUACAUGUUUUUAUGUCUUGUUUUGUUGUUACGUUAGGUAGCUAGAGCAACCGGUGUUAAGUUGUCGUUAACGUUAGCUAAGCGGGGAGCUUAUUUGAACGUGUUUUGAGCAGCCAUGUCGUUGUUUAGUGUACAAGCGAGAAAGCAUACAGCCUAUUAUGACCAACUUGUGGCACCACCUAGGACACCGGGCAGAGAGCGCCCGGCUCAGCGAAAGUCGGCGGAGACAACGGAAGGCAAACUUGAAAUAACAUCCAGAAGCUCUGCGUGUGAAGACAGCAGGUCCUCGGAUAAAAGCCGAAAAGGGAACAGGACUUAUGUCGUUUCUGUUCUCUCAAAAAGCAGCAGCGGACAGCAGACUCCCUAUCGAGGCCGACUCACUCUGCAAAGGAGGUCAAGAAGGAAAACCGGGUCUGAAACAGCGGAGACAACGCUGUUAGAAAGCAGCCAGAGCACCACACCGGUACCGGAGAAGAGACUGACACUGCAGCGCAGGACCCGGACUCCCUCCAUGGGUAAAAGCACACAUAUGCAGCGUGUGGUUAGCGGCGGUGGACUACAGACAACUCCAACAGUUCUCAGCGAGCCAAACGGUAGGGCAGCUGGUGUGUUCAGGUCUACGAGUUUAAGAGAAAGUACCUGUAAGAGCAAAGGGGCUGCUUCUGUGGAAACCCAGGGGAGGAAGACGCUGUCCAAAUAUGUGUCUACAAGUAGGCAGCUAGAGGACCAAGCUCACACGUUUAAGACACCUACCAAAAAGACCCCGUUUGGAAAAAUUGCCGCCAGGAGAGACGUGUUCGAGAAGCUGGCCAGGACAGACGCUCCUAAACCUGUGGCAGUCAAAUCUGCAAGUCUAGAGAGGCCCAAAUCCAGAAUACAGCAAGUGGAGAAUACAAAACCCGUGGCAGCUCCCCGGGUCAUGAACGCGUCUUCAGGUGUGCACAAGAUAAGUACCGCCCUGCAGGUGAGGAAGACCUCCACCUCAGGCCAAAAGGGAGAUGCGAGCCAAGCCAGGACCUCCACUACUCCUGCUCCACCUACCAUGCACCUGUCCCGAUCCAGCGAGGCUCAACAGACCCAGGAUUCAUUGAAGAUGGAGAACAGUGCAGUGACUGUCGCGGUCCGUUUACGGCCUUUCAAUGCCAGGGAAAAGGCAGAGAAGGCCUUGCAGGUCAUCUACAUGAACGGUCAGGAGACUGCUGUCCAGCAUCCUGGCAACAAACAGAGAUACAACUUCACGUACGACUUCUCUUUCUGCUCAGUGGAUGACUGUGACCCCACCUUCGCCAGCCAGCAGACCGUGUACAAGACGCUGGCUAAACCUCUGCUGCUGAGGGCCUUUGAAGGGUUCAACACCUGUCUGUUUGCUUACGGACAAACGGGCUCCGGGAAGUCGUACACGAUGAUGGGUUUUGGAGAGGAGGAAGGCGUAAUCCCACGAUUCUGCCAGGAGUUGUUUUCUAGAUUGGCAUCUAUGGAAAACGAAGAGGUGAAAUGCCAUGUAGAGAUGAGCCUUUUGGAAGUCUACAAUGAGAAGAUCCAUGACCUGCUGGUGACAAGAGAACAAAUAAACCAGAGAAGGGUGCCCCUGAGGGUAAGGGAACAUCCAGUCAAUGGUCCCUACGUUGCAGACCUCUCCGCGAACAUUGUGAGCUCCUACAAUGACGUUCAGGGUUGGCUAGCGCUGGGAAACAAGCAGAGAGCCACAGCAGCCACUGGAAUGAAUGACAAGAGCUCAAGGUCUCACUCUGUCCUCACCCUGGUCAUGACCCAGACUCAAACUGAGUUUGUGGAGGGUGAGGAACAUGACCACAGCAUCACCAGCAGGAUCAACCUGGUGGACCUGGCAGGCAGCGAGCGCUGUAAAUCUGCAAACACAAGUGGAGACCGACUCAGGGAGGGUGCUAGCAUCAACAAGUCCCUGCUUACCCUUGGAAAGGUCAUCUCUGCCCUAUCAGAACAGUCAAUGACGCAGAAAACUGUCUUCAUACCGUACAGGGAGUCUGUCCUGACAUGUGUUGAGUCGGCUUCUCAGGCCGACGAUCUCCUGCUGGAACAGCCGGACCCGCUCCGGUUCGAUCCCCAGGGAACUCGCCUGGGCAGCUCGCAGCUUCUCUACCUCCGCCUUCAAGCAAUGGAGGAGCACCAUGUGUGUCAGGCGAAGAUUGUUGACGCCCUGGAGGCAGAGAAGAGAAAGAUUGGCAAAGAGCUCGAGGAGAUGCAGAAGAAAAGAGCGCUAAGGGAAAACCACACUCCACGGAACGUUCCUCCUCAGUGGGAUGCCAUGAAGUUGUCCCUGAUGAUUGAGGAAGCCAAUAAGAUCAGUGCCAAACUAAAGAAAAACACAGUCUUUAGCAGACACGAAAGCUCUGAAGACGAGAACGUGGAGCCGGGUGGUCUGCUACAGGUGCGAGUUCAAAACAGAAAGCUGGGGAUCACCACCUUCUGGAGCCUGGACAAGUUCCAAAACAACAUCGCUGCCAUGAGGGAACUCGAUCAGGGGGAUUCCACCUCUAAAGAUGACGAUGUGUUUUACGACCCCGAUGAUGAGUGGGAGCAAGAUAUAUCGGCCUCCUCUGCUUCCACCUCCUCCUUUUCACGGCGAAGGAGCAGGAGCUUGUUGAAAAGCAGGAGAAUUUCGGGUCGUCUCUACGAGAUUCGAGUCCAUCCGAUUCAGAGCCUCCACAACAGCUCCUCACAGUCUGCUGGGUUGAUGGGUGUGCCAAAACCGCCCUCCACCCAUUCCAGUAGCACAGACACUGCCACGCCGGGCAUCUGCAAGGAGCUGAUUGGCCAGUCAGUGGCCCGUUUGCGCAGUUGUAGUGCGACAGAAGAGAGCAUGGCAGACAGGCUGGCCUCUGAUCUGCACUUGAUAUAUGAGGCAGUGCAAACCAUAUCUGACCUAUACGACAGCCUGGAUGAUGACAGCCAGGAGAACGUGUUUGUGUGUAACUUGGUGGCACAGACUCACCUGGUGAAGGCCACAGCAGCCAUAGAGGGUGCCGCGCUUGUUACCAUGCUGUGGUUGGCCAUCGUUAAACCUUCCUCAGGCCGGCUCUACACCAUCUCUGAGGAACUCAAGAGCCAAGUCAAGAAGAUGGGAGGGUUCUUCCAGCUGCUCAUUCAGGGUUGUGAAUCUGAGAUCACAUCGAUGGUGACGGAGGCGAAGAGGAAGAGCAGCCAGUGCCUGGACGCAGCGCUGCUCUCAGUCGGCCACCUGGCGGCAGUGACAGGCACGCCGCUGAAUGUUACGGCGCGGGGGGGCGCGGCCACGGCCACAGGCAAGAAAUCGGGUGUUCUGUGUCUGCUGAGGGGGACUGAUAAGGGCGUCCACUCUCUUUUAAAGGAGAGCUUCAAUAUCACCAGAGAAAUGCUGAGAGACGCUCAGCUGGCCUACCCCAGGAACCCAGUCCUGCAGAGCCUGAAAUCCAAGACGCUUGAUUUAGCUUGUGCUCUGCAGAACUACAUGAAUUUCCAUAUCACGGAGAGGGAGAGCAGCCCAGGGGAGGAGGAGGUGGAGAGGGAGGAGGGGGCCUCAGCUUCCCAUUUGCAGAAACUGAGGUCUACAGCGGCCAAGCUGUUCCAGCUGAACCACGCCAUCAGUCAGCUGCAUUCCUGUCUGUCUACCGCCCUGCGAGGAAAUCACAAAGACUCCAACCUCAGCAGCAGCAGCAGAGAGCUGAUCUCCUCCUCUGCCAAAGCUGUGGAUGAGCUGAUCACUGGUCUGUCCAAGGGGCAAGCAUCGAAUCCAUCCCUGCAGCUUCCCUUCCUCCAGAGUGUCAUGGUGGCACGAGAGGAGCUCCACUCUGCCCUGCAGUCCCUCUCCUCCUCCUGGGACCAGCAGGAGCCAGGAGAGAGCAGAAAUUCUUCUGCUUCAGACAAGAGCACAGGAGAUGAACUCAGUAAAAAAACUCACACUGCUGUUAGAAAUCGAGUCGUGAGUAAGAUGGUUUACUAUCUCCCUCCAGGUGUGUCACCAAAAGACAGCCUGCACUGGGUGUGAUGGGCGGUUUUUUAAUUUAUAUAACACUUUAUGUUUUAAGUGUUGCUUACAUCAUGUAGGAUUUACUGUACAAAUGAAAUGCUGAUUGAGAGAAAUCUUCUAAUGGUGACACCAAACAGGCUGUAGGGAUUUUUUUAAAGCUUUGCCACCACAGGCAAUGAACACUGCAGAGAAUUAGUUACUGUUGAUAAACAAGUAGCUGAAGUUAAGUUGUAUCCAAAUACAAGCAACUUGACUUUCCAAAUGUAGCAAUAUUGGCAAUUUUUGGAAGGCUAUUUUUAAAUGUAAAAGAAAAAAGUGUAAGAAAAAAAUACUUCCUACAAUGCCUCAAACUACAGCAAUACUACAGAGCAUAGAGUUCUUAGAAACAUCAGCAAUAAUGAUAUGGCCUAAAAAAUGUAUAGGUUCAUUACCAAUAAUGUGUAGCGUUAAACAGUAAUUCAGGAUGGAGAUACACGACUAGGAACAGUAAUUGGCUAUAAGGAUGAUUUUCACUUGUACUGUACUAUUUUUUUCUUUUUACUGUUUUUUUUUUCAGAGGCCAAUAGGUAAUUUUUUUUCUUUUCGUUUUGUAAUAAUUCAGAGAUGUAAGAUGUCAAAAUGCAACAGUUUAGAAACUAUUUUUAAAAAAUAUUAGACCUCAUAAGGGAAAUGUGUCUGUCUUGUUUGAAGGCUUAUUUGUAUAAAGAUAUGCUCUGAUGUGUUUUAUAACAGGCACUGCCACUAUUUGCACUCAGGAGAGACUUGUAUAUCUGGUGUUUCUUUUUAAAACAUGAACUUUUAAGAAGUCUUUUGUAUCGCAUGUUUAAAAUAUAAAAUGUUAAUGCUUCUGCAAUAAAAUUGUUUGAUUUGA